AUGCAGCCAAAAUCAAUAGCAUUAUUGCAAAAGAUUGAUUCGAAUAUAGAACAAAUUUUACAAAAAUUUCAAGACAUAUUUGAAGUAGCUAUAAUACAAGAUAAAUCAAAAGAAUUGUUAUCAGUGGAGUCUUUAACUAUAGAAUCAGAUGCAUUAAUGAUAAUAAGGCUAUGUGAAGACCUAUUGACUAUAACUAGGACUUUGAAAGAGGCAUGGUGUCUAGGAACCGUGAAAGUUAAUCCUACUGAUGGUCUAGAGGAACAUCAAGACACGAGAGCUGUUUUCGACAAAUACAAUGCUUUGACUGAUAAAAUUGCGCAAUUUGAAAACAUGGCUACGUUAGCUACAGAUGGAAUACAAUAA